CACAAUUCCAGAAGAUGUACAGCGGUGCAGCGCGAGGCGUCAGCCAUAUUGAGGGCAGCCCAGCUCGUUCUCCUCGCCUGCCCCGAUCGCCCCGUCUGGGACACCGCAGGGUGACCGGCACCACCUCGGGUGCCAAGACUCUGUCCAUGGAGAACAUCCAGUCUCUAAACGCUGCCUAUGCUACAUCAGGCCCCAUGUAUCUGAGUGAGCAUGAGGUUGUGGGCUCCACUGCCACCUAUCCGAGAGGCACCAUGACCCUGGGACGUGGUGCCAGCCGGGUUGUCUACGGCGGACGCGUCACGGCCAUGGGCAGCAGUCCUAAUAUCGCCUCCAUAGGCCUGGGACCACACGCCGACCUCCUCUCUUAUGGUGAACUGGGCUCGCUGGGCUCCCUGGCCCUGCAGCAUCACCAGCAGGGGGCGCUUCAGGCACAGCUCCGGGACAUGCAGCGUGAGAACGAGAUUCUGCGCCGAGAGCUGGAGCUCAAGGAAAGCAAGCUGGGUUCCUCAGCAAACAGCAUCAAGAGCUUCUGGAGCCCCGAGCUGAAGAAGGAGCGCGGAAUGAGGAAGGAGGAGGCGGCACGCACCUCCGUGCUGAAGGAGCAGAUGAGGGUGACACAUGAGGAGAAUCAGCAUCUUCAGAUGACCAUUCAGGCUCUUCAGGAUGAGCUGAGGACACAACGUGACCUGAACCACCUCCUGCAGCAGGAAAGCAACUCCAGACCCGCCGGAGCCGAACACUUCACCACCAUUGAACUGACCGAGGAGAACUUCCGCCGCCUGCAGGCCGAACACGACCGCCAGGCCAAGGAGCUCUUCCUGCUGAGGAAGACGCUGGAGGAGAUGGAGCUGAGGAUUGAAACGCAGAAGCAGACGCUGGGCGCCAGGGAUGAGUCCAUCAAGAAGCUGCUGGAGAUGCUGCAGAGCAAAGGGCUCCCCCCGGUGGCCGGCAGAGCCUCGGACGAGGAGGAGCAGGACAGGGCGAGACGAAUCGCAGAGGCAGAGGCUCAGCUCGGUCACCUGGAGGUCAUACUGGACCAGAAGGAGAAAGAGAACCUUCACCUGAGAGAGGAGCUUCACCGAAGAAACCAGCUGCAGCAGGACCCGAGUAAGACCAAAGCCCUGCAAACGAUCAUCGAGAUGAAGGAUACGAAGAUCGCGUCUCUGGAGCGGAACAUCCGAGACCUGGAGGACGAGAUUCAGAUGCUGAAGGCCAACGGCCUGCUGAGCACCGAGGACCGCGAGGAGGAGAUCAAACAGAUGGAGGUGUACAAGAACCACUCCAAAUUCAUGAAGACCAAGAUUGAUCAGUUGAAGCAGGAGCUGUCAAAGAAGGAGUCCGAGCUGCUGGCUCUGCAGACCAAGCUCGAGACGCUGAACAAUCAGAAUUCAGACUGCAAGCAGCACAUCGAGGUUCUCAAAGAGUCUCUGACGGCCAAAGAGCAACGAGCUGCUAUCCUGCAGACUGAGGUGGACGCUUUGCGGCUGCGUCUGGAAGAGAAGGAGUCCUUCCUCAAUAAGAAGAGCAAGCAGCUGCAGGACCUGACUGAGGAGAAAGGCACGCUCGCUGGGGAGAUCCGCGACAUGAAGGACAUGCUGGAGGUCAAAGAGCGCAAAAUCAAUGUGCUGCAGAAGAAGAUUGAGAACCUGCAGGAGCAGUUGCGAGAUAAAGAUAAACAGCUGGGGAACCUGAAGGACCGAGUGAAGUCUCUGCAGACCGACUCGACCAACACAGACACGGCCCUGGCCACACUGGAGGAGGCUCUGUCUGAGAAGGAACGAAUCAUCGAGCGUCUGAAGGAGCAGAGAGAGCGGGAGGACCGGGAGCGCAUGGAGGAGGUCGACUUAUACAAGAAAGAGAACAAGGAGCUGAAGGAGAAGGUCAGCAAUCUGCAGGUGGAGCUCACAGAGAAAGAGUCGAGUUUAAUAGACCUGAAAGAACACGCCUCUUCUUUGGCCUCGUCCGGCCUGAAGAAAGACUCCAAGCUGAAAUCUUUGGAGAUCGCCAUCGAGCAGAAGAAGGAGGAGUGCAGCAAGCUGGAGACGCAGCUGCAGAAGGCCCACGAGGUGGAGGUCCAGCAGGUUUCCCGGGGAAACCCAGACUACAUGGAGCGUGUAAAGCUCCUCGAGAAGGAGGUGACCUUCUACAAAGAGGAGUCAGGGAAAGCGCAGACAGAGGUGGAGAGGUUGCUGGAUAUCCUCCGUGACGUGGAGACUGAGAAGAACGACAAGGACAAGAAGAUUGCUGAGCUGGAGAGGCAAAGCAAAGACCAGAACAAAAAAGGUCCUGCCAUAAAGCUUGGCCAGCAAGCAGAGAAAAAGGGCAGUGGCAUCCUGCCAGACCCUCGCAAGGACAACCCCAUGGACAACGCCAAGAUUGAGGAGUUGAUGGCGGUGCUGGAAAAGACAAGGCAGGAGCUCGAAGCCACGAAGCAGCGCUUGUCCUCAACCCAGCAGUCUUUGGCCGAGAGGGAUGGCCAUCUGACCAAUCUCAGACAGGAGAGACGCAAACAACUGGAGGAAAUUCUGGAGAUGAAGCAGCAGGCCCUGCUGGCUGCCAUCAGCGAGAAGGAUGCCAACAUUGCCCUCCUGGAGCUUUCCUCUUCUAAUAAGAAGAAAACCCAGGAGGAGGUGAUGUCACUAAAGCGUGAGAAGGAUAGAUUAAUGCAGCAACUCAAGCAGCAGACCCAGAGCAGAAUGAAAUUAAUGGCAGACAGCUAUGAAGACGAUCACUACCACCCUCAUGGUCCUCCUCACCACCUCCAACCGGGGCCACCCCACCCCCAUCCCCACCCACAAGUCCCACCUCCUGCCCAGAGUCAGCCUCUGUACCCACAUGCCCCUCUUCCUCAACAGCAACCCCCCUACCCACAUACCCUUCAUCCCCAGCAUCCACAACCCCUACCUCCACACCCUCAUCCUCAACAGACACCUCAUCCGCCGUACCCUCAACACCCCCAGCCACCUGGCCCCCACCAACACCCACCCAGGCCCCAACAGCCCCACCCACAGCACCCGCAUGCCGGGCCCCCUCCUCAGCAACACCCACAGCACCCUCAACACGGGCAGCUGCAGCAGCAGGGCCCCCAUCCCCAACACCCCCAACACCCCCAACACCCUCAACACCCCCACCACCCUCCCCAUGCGGCUCCUCACGGGCCACACCCUCGACAUCCAGCCCCGCACCACCGUGUCCCCGCCCGUGGGCCGCCCCAUGCAGGACACAGACCCACUCCAGAUCCGGAUGACGAGGAGGGCAUUUGGGCAUAACCAUUUCCAAACCAAAGCUGUGCUGAUCUUUUAUAGGAUGAAAGUUGGAGGUGCAUAGCCAUGUCAUACAGAUAAAACUAUCCAUUAUCCACUUGGCCGGACUCUAUCUCCUAUCAGGCAGACGCUUCAGCAGGGGGUCUUCACACUGAGGAAGAGGAGCAGGAGGGGUGUGAGUGUGUGAGGCCAGUGUGCAGACUCACACCUGAGCAGAUGGGAGAAGAGAUCAGGAUGGAGAGAGAUGCAAGUCUGGAUUUUGGAGACACAAAUGCAGCUGGUGCCUGAUGGAUUUCCUGAUCAGAACUCGGCUUUGGAGGACCUUUCUUGAACAAGACCCUGUAAGAUGUCCUCACAUGCAGUUGACCUGCUUUCAACCCUCUCACCUGCUUGUUUCCAGCCACUUACAUGUGACUCUGUCUGCUCGUCCACCCCCCCUCUCUGACUCUGCUGCUGAGCCUGGACGAUGGGUCCCGCCAAUCAAAAAAAAAAAAAAAAAAUCAAUCAUUUCACGCCUCUUCAUCAACUGCCAGAAGGUUCCGUGGUCAUGAUUUUAAAAACAAUGUUUAAUAUUGUUUAAAAAAUCCAU